UCUUGGGUGUAAAUAAAUUAAAUAAAGAUUGUUUAAGUGCAUCGGCGGCUUUAAUUUUCAUCCCACAACUUUUGGGGGCUCGUCCGGGAUGGAAAUAAGCCAAAGGUGCUGAAGAUGUACAUAAGGGUGUAAAUAACGUUGUAAAUACGGGUUCAUGUUGGUGAAGGAUUUCACACACGGAAAAGAUGGCGGCGCGCACUAAAGCGAAAUUAUGGUGAAAAUUAAAAAUUAAUAAUGGUGAAUUAAAUUAAGGUGAAAACAUAGAAGGUGAUAAUAAUGUAAAUACGGUGAAGGUGAAAAGAAAAAGGUGAAAAAUUUAUUACUAAGACGACAUGAUGAUGGCGGCAGCGACAAUCCCACGGUUCUCGGGAGCAGACCCGACAUACCCGGCGGCAAGGUGGGUGGAGGAGAUCACCGACAAUGCGGAGGUGUUCGGCUGGUCACCUUCACAAAAGCUGCUGAUGGCGCGACGGGCACUGACUGGUGUGGCAGGUCUGUGGCUCCGUACGGAGAAUACAUUCAAGACCUUUGAAGAACUGCAGCGGGCUCUGCUGGAGGAGUUUCCCUACGAUGUCAACCCGAAGGUGAUCCACGAGCUCAUGACUAACCGCAAGAAGAAGCGCGAGGAGAGCUGUUAUGAGUACAUGCUGGUGAUGAAGGAGCUGGGGAAGCGCGGUGGAUUUGAAGACUACGUGGCCAUACAAUAUAUAGUCGAUGGUAUCGAAGACUGUGUGUUACACAAAGCCAUGCUGUAUGGUGUCACCACAUAUCCGGACCUGAAGGAAAAGCUGAAAAUUUACGAAUAUAUGAAAAGAAAGAUGGAGAUGAGUGCACGAACGAGAAGAGGCGAACGACCGAUAGACGACGUGUCGGUAAAGCAGGACCCCGAACAGCAACAGAGCAGCGGAUGCGGAGACAAGUCGGUGGUGUCGGUAAAACAGCACUCGAGUAUGUUCGAAGUCAGGAUGGACGAGGCCAACAAAUGGAAUAAUGAUUAUUCGAAGGAAACAGAAGUGACAGCGAUAAAGAACGAAUACGAGAAAUGUCAACGUCAGACGGAAGUUGUAAAUAAUGUAAAUAAUAAGCAAGUUUUACAGAAUAAAAAACCGGCCAAUAGCAAAGAAGUACCAAUAGAGCUGGAGAGUAUUAAGGAGGAAAAGAUUGUUGAACAUAAAGUUGAAGAGGUAUGUGAGACAAAGAUUGUGGAAGAACAAGUUGAAAAGGUGGAAGAAAAAGUUGAAAAGGUAGUUAAAAAGGAGCAUUUUUCAGGCGAGUUUCCUAGUUUGGUGAAGGAGAAAGAUGGCUCGACAAGGAGAUAUAUCGAUAAUAGGAUAAUGAAUACGAAGGUGUAUACAUACUGA